AGCGGAAGUGUGUCGUUAAUGUUAGCGGUUAGCUAAAAACCAGUUCUAGAUCGCUAAAAAAAACUAGAGUGAAGAGCCGUAAUUUCUUUUGUUGUACUUCGUUUAUCUGUUCCUUUUAUAUUUUUUGUUACGUAUUUCACCAUUGAAAAUGGGAAGGAGCAGGAGUCGAACUCCUCCAAGGCGUGACAGAAGACGUUCCCGCUCUGCUUCACGAGAACGCGAUCGAAGGAGAAGGGAGAGAGAUCGGUCUCGGGAUCGAGACAGAGAGAGAGACCGAAGAAGAAGUCGUUCCCGAUCUCCUCACAGAAGACGAUCAAGGUCUCCCCGACGCCAUCGCUCUUCCUCCAUCUCUCCUUUGAGACAAAAAGACAGACGUGACGAUGACCGUAAAGACAUGAAGUCAUCCAAGCCCAUUCAAAUAUCAGCUGAGGACAUGCAAGGCAAAACCGAAGAGGAAAUUGAGAUGAUGAAACUGAUGGGAUUUUCAACAUUUGACACCAGCAAGGGGAAGAAAAGUGAAGCAUCGACCAACGCGUAUGCUGUCAACGUGACCAUGAAGAGAAAAUACAGGCAGUACAUGAACAGAAAAGGUGGGUUCAACAGACCACUGGACUUCAUCGCAUGAAAGCUCGCAACAUCUUUGCUGCUAUACUCCUGAAACUUAGCUUUUGAUGUACCUGACAAGGAUAGAUAAUGGUUUGCUUUUUUUUGUUAUUUUGUAAUAUUUUGUGUGGGAUGCUUUUGUAUAUACAGUACAUUUAUGAUUCAUUAAUUGUUAAGCUCGUGUUAAGUUUUGGUGCAAUUCCAUUGCAAACAUGUGGCUAAUGAAGCUGUCAUAGCAUGACUCAUGUAAGUAGUUAAUUAGUUGUUUGAAACCAUUGAAAUAAAAGUCUUUUAAUAUCUG